AUGCAGCCAAACUGUUUUCUAGCGACAUUAGAUCUCAAAGAAGCAUACUAUCUCGUUCCAGUUGCAGAAUCUUGUAGAAAAUUCCUUAGAUUCAAAUUCGAAAACUUAGUUUUUGAGUUCACUUGUUUACCUUUCGGUUUGAGCACUGCUCCAUACGUCUUCACAAAAAUUAUGAGACCCAUAGUAACUCUUCUUAGAAAACGCGGCUUAUUGUCAGUUAUCUACAUUGACGACUUUCUCCUAUUUGGAAACACCAAAAGAGAAUGCGAGAAAAACAUAGCAGAGACGACUCAACUCUUGACUCAGCUAGGCUUCAUUAUAAACAAGGAGAAAAGUAGCCUCAUUCCAGCACACCGACAAAAAUAUCUAGGUUUUAUCCUAGACUCAGCUGAAAUGCUAAUAAAAAUACCCGACGAUAAACGCGUUAAGAUUCAAAGUUCACUAACUAAAUUUAAAAUAAAUACUAAACACAAAAUCCGUGAUUUUGCUUCCUUGGUAGGAACUCUGGGAUCGGUGUGCCAGGCAACAAAAUAUGGAUGGGUCUAUAUGAAGAGUCUAGAAAGAGAAAAAUUUCUAGCUCUCCAAAAAACAAAUGGUAAUUACGAGGCGCGUUUAGUUUUAUCAAAUCACGUUCACGAAGAUAUCGAGUGGUGGAGUCAAAAUAUUAUGCCGGUUUGCAACCCUAUAAGAAGCCAAACAUACGCCUUAGAAAUUUUCUCCGACGCAUCACUAUCAGGAUGGGGCGCAUGCUGUGGAAAAGAAAAAGCGUAUGGUUUCUGGAAUUUAUCGGAAAGAAAAAAUCCGAUUAAUAUUUUGGAACUCAAAGCCGCCUUUUUUGGACUUAAAUGCUUCGGAAGAAAUCGAACAAACUGUGACAUCCUACUUCGAAUCGACAACACCACAGCGAUCUCAUAUAUUAACCGUAUGGGCGGAAUACAAUUUCAAAGCCUUAGCAAAGUCGCUAAAACAAUCUGGCAAUGGUGCGAACACCGAAAUAUCACCAUCUUUGCAUCAUACAUACCAUCAUCUAAAAAUAAGACUGCAGAUCACGAAUCGCGAAGGCUGGAACCAGAAACCGAAUUCAGUUUAUCGCAAGAGGCGUUUAGUGAUAUAUGCAAAAAGUUUUCCAAACCCGAAAUAGACUUAUUCGCAAGCAGAGUCAACGCGAAAUGCAAAAAAUACGUCUCUUGGAAAAAGGACCCUAGUUCUUUUACCAUAGACGCAUUUACUCUAGACUGGGGAAAAUAUUUUUUCUUUGCAUUUCCACCCUUUGCAAUUAUUCCUAAAGUUUUAAAAAAAAUCCAAAACGAUCGUGCUAGAGGAAUAAUUGUAAUUCCAAAUUGGCCUUCUCAAGCGUGGUUCCCCAAGUGCAUGAAAAUGUUUGAUUCUUCUCCUAUCAUUUUCGAACCUAAUAAAAAACUACUUUCUUCUUCCAACAGGGAGCAUCAUCCACUAUGGAAUCAGCUUUCCCUGGUGGGAGGAAUACUAUCGUACAAGCCUUCUCUCUAA